CGGGUGGGCGGGGCCUGUCGCGCGGUUCUGUCGCGCGGUUCUGUCGCGAUGGCGCUCGAGUCGCUGCGGUACCGCCGCGGGUCUCUGGAGGUUCUGAACCAGCGGCUGUUACCGGGGCAGCUCCGCUACGAGCGGGUGGGGGGCGUGCAGCGGGCCUGGGCGGCCAUCCGCGACAUGGAGGUGCGGGGGGCUCCGGCCAUCGCCCUCCUGGGCUGCCUCAGCCUGGCGGUGGAGCUGGCGGGGGGCGCGGGACCCCAGGAGGAUUUGGGGGCGCUGGAGGAGUUUGUGGGGCAGAAAUUGGGGUUCCUGCUCAGCGCGCGCCCCACGGCCGCCAACCUGGGCCGGGAGGCCGAGCGGCUGCGGGGCUGGGUCCGCCGCAGGGCCGAGACCCCCGGGGUCACCCCACAGGAGCUGCGGGAGAGCAUCAUCGAGUACAUCGAGGGGCUGCUGGAGAAGGACCGUAGGGACAACCGGAGCAUCGGGGCCCACGGGGCCGACGCCAUCCUGGGGGGGCUCCCCGGGGGGGGCCCCGUCACCCUCCUGACCCACUGCAACACCGGGACCCUGGCCACGGCAGGCUACGGCACCGCGCUGGGCGUGGUGCGGGCCCUGCACGAGCGCGGGGCCCUGUCCCGGGUGCUGUGCACCGAGACCCGGCCCUACAACCAGGGCUCGCGGCUGUCGGCGCUGGAGCUGCGCCACGACGGCGUCCCCGUCACCCUCAUCGCCGACAGCGCCGCCGCUGCCGCCAUGAGGCUGCACGGGGUGCACGCCGUGGUGGUGGGCGCCGACCGCGUGGCGGCCAACGGCGACGUGGCCAACAAGAUCGGCACGUUCCAGCUGGCGGUGGCCGCGCGGCACCUGCGGAUCCCCUUCUACGUGGCCGCCCCGAGCAGCACCUGCGACCCCUCGCUGGCCUCGGGAGACCUGAUCCCCAUCGAGGAGCGGCCGGGCACGGAGCUCACCCAGCUCGGGGGCGUGCUCCUGGCGGAGCCCGGGGUCGACGUGUGGAACCCGGCCUUCGACGUGACGCCACACGAGCUCAUCACGGGGGGCAUCAUCACCGAGCGGGGGCUCUUCGCCGCCUCCGACGUGUGCGGGCAGCUGGCGGAGCGCGGGGAGCGCUGACGGCUCCGGCCCGGUGCGUCCCGGCCGCCGUCGGGGCAGCCGUGCCCCGGUGUGUCCCGGUGUGCUCCGCGCCAUGGCCCGGCCGCAGCAUCGCCCCGAAGAAGCUCCGCGUGGUGCAGCAGCAGCGGCUGAAGAAGCGGCUGGAGGUCGGGAUCCGCCUGCGGAUCGAGCGGGAGGCGGUGCAGCGAGCGCAGGGCGCGCUCCCCAAGAAGCUGAGCCUGGUCAGGGCCCCCGGCCCCGCCAA